AUCGAUAUGAGAAUCUCUGUCAAACAAAUAUCGAUGCUGAUGUAAAAUUAUCGACUUUAUAUCCUCAUCACUGAGCACACACAUUGUAAUCUACUGAUUGAUUAGUUAUUUUUUGUACAAAAUUUGGAGCAAUUUUAUUAAAAAUGGAAAUGAUGCAAGGUGCCUCAUUAUUGUCGCGGCCCGCAGAGGAAUUCGGCAAUGAUGAGCUGGUUGAAGAAAUGUGGGCUUUAAAGGCAAUGGAUCACGCUGAAGUAUAUUUCAAUCUACUGACAAGCGUGCACCCUUCAUGCCUGCACCUGACCCCAUAUGAUGAUCAAAUAUACCAAGCAUUUCGAGAAGAUUUUCCUGACCUAAAAGUAGAAGUGAUAACGGAUGAUACGCUGAAAUCAGACGAUGCUAAAGUUCGUUGGCGCACGUUUGCGGAAAAAUUCAAUAAAUUAGAUGAUUACGCUUAUGGUACAUUAAUACGGUCCGAUGCAUCCAAAGAAUUUUCACCCGAAAAUUCGCUACUUGUUGUACGUAUACAGUUUUUAGCAAUCGAAAUUGCACGUAAUCGCGAGGGAUUAAAUGAUGAAGUACAUCGUAAAUUUCGACCUCCACCACGAACCACAGUUGCGGAAGAAUUGGUGCCGGGCGAAGUGCAAGAAACGUAGAUUUUAGGAAAAUAGAAAUAUAACUAAUCAAUGGCAUAGAUAUAUAAUAAUAUAUAUAUUUUAUAUUUUCAUAAGUGGGAAAAAUAUACAAAACAAACUACUAUACAAAA